GGCGUGGCGCUGUGACAUACAAGGGUCCAGCGAGGGUCUCCUGGCCGGUAAGACUUUGGCCAUCAAGGACAACUGUGCCGUGGCCGGAGUGCCUAUGUCUAACGGCAGUCGUCUGCUAGAGGGCUAUGUACCCGACUAUGACGCCACGCUGGUCACUCGCAUACUGGAUGCAGGCCUGUCCGUGUUUAUGCCACUCGUUGGGCAAGGGGCACAAUCCGCUUUUCAAGACGGAACCUGUGCCCAGCACGUGAAGGGUUUCAGCUCCACAAGCCUUGAGAAAGCUGUCCGACAGGGCCGAGAGAGUUCCGCCUCUCUCCUCUCCCCAAACGCCAAGUACCUCACUAUGCUAGGGGAGUUCACCAAACGUCGUCAUGGCAACCGCUACGCCACCAAGUGCCGGAACCUGGUCAUCAAGCUUACCGCCCAGUAUGACGAAGCUCUGAAGAAGUGUGACGUUAUCGUCAUGCCCACAUUGACUCACCCAACCGUUGGACUUCCGGAAGGAAGCAACAAGGACGCACAAGCCACUUCCGAGUACUUGACGGUGGCCCUCGACAUGUGUGCCAACACUGCACCCACCGACCUGACUGGUCAUCCGGCCUUGACCUUGCCUCUUGGAAAACUCUGCGACGGGAAGGCGGACAGCGUCAUGAUCGUGGGCCGGAAGUACGAUGAGACUACCGUUCUCGGCGUGGCCAGGGCCCUGGAGAAGAUUAUUCCCGCCCGGGAAGGACUGCACUGAUACAUUGACGUCAAGCACAAUGCAGUUACUGCAUUGAUACAUUGACGUCCUACACCAUUGUACGAAAUGCACUGAUACAGAGCCUCAUUGACAUAAAGCACAACAAGGCGGACUGCAAAGUUUCAGAAACUCAUUGACGCAAUGCACAAUAGAACCCACCCCCAACAUCCCUUUCCUUCUUCUUUUCUUCCCCUUUUUGAAUAAAGCACACUCCUUUGACAGAU